CCCGCCCCCACUGGCACCUCCUCUCGGACCGUCCGGCGCGUCACGUGACGGGUCGGAGGCGCUGGCGGUUGCUGUCAGCUGAUUCCUAGGGUUGGUGGCUGGGACAGCGGUGGCAAUGGACUUUCUCCUGGGGAACCCGUUCAGCUCUCCAGUGGGACAGCGCAUCGAGAAAGCUACCGAUGGCUCCCUGCAGAGCGAGGACUGGGCUCUCAACAUGGAGAUCUGCGACAUCAUCAACGAGACCGAGGAAGGUCCCAAAGAUGCCUUCCGAGCAGUGAAGAAGAGAAUCGUGGGAAACAAGAACUUCCAUGAGGUGAUGCUGGCUCUCACGGUCCUAGAAACCUGCGUGAAGAACUGCGGGCACCGCUUCCACUUGCUGGUGGCCAGCCAGGACUUUGUGGAGGGAGUGCUGGUGAGGACCAUCCUGCCCAAGAACAACCCACCCACCAUCGUGCAUGACAAGGUGCUCACCCUGAUCCAGUCCUGGGCUGACGCGUUCCGCAGCUCGCCUGACUUGACAGGUGUGGUCGCCGUCUAUGAGGACCUGCGGAGGAAGGGCCUAGAGUUCCCGAUGACCGACCUGGACAUGCUGUCACCCAUCCACACGCCCCAGAGGACUGUGUUCAACUCAGAGACACCGUCAGGACAGAAUUCUGUGGGUACUGACACCAGUCAUCGAGGGGACUCCAGCCAGCACACCACCCCUCUGCCCAUCACAGCCACACUCCCCAACGACACACCCAUAGUGCCGACCCCUGAGCAGAUCGGGAAGCUGCGCAGUGAGCUCGAGAUGGUGAGCGGCAACGUGAGGGUGAUGUCGGAGAUGCUGACGGAGCUGGUGCCUACGCAGGCGGAGCCCGCAGACCUGGAGCUGCUGCAGGAGCUCAACCGGACGUGCCGAGCCAUGCAGCAGCGGGUCCUGGAGCUCAUCCCCCGAGUCGCCAGUGAGCAGCUGACAGAGGAGCUGCUCAUGGUCAACGACAACCUCAACAACGUGUUCCUGCGCCAUGAAAGGUUUGAACGGUUCCGAACAGGCCAGGCCGGCAAGGCCCCAAGUGAGGCCGAGGCCGCAGCUGACCUGAUCAACAUGGGCCCUGAGCCGGCAGCCGCGGGCAACCUCUCCUCCCAGCUGGCGGGAAUGAACCUGGGUUCCAGCAGUGUAAGGGCUGGCCUGCAGUCUCUGGAGGCCUCUGGCCGAAUGGAAGACGAGUUUGACAUGUUUGCACUGACACGGGGCAGCUCCCUGGCUGACCAACGGAAAGAGGUAAAAUAUGAAGCCCCCCAAGCAACGGAUGGCCUGGCUGGAGCCCUGGAUGCCCGGCAGCAGAGCACCAGUGCGAGCCUGUGAUCUGUGCCAGGCCCUGUGCUAACGACUGUACAUCCGCCUCUUACAGAGCCAUCACACAGACCUUUAAGGCAUGUUGUUAUACCCUUUUACAGAUGAGAACACUGAGUCCCAGGGAGAGGUUAAGUGACACAAGGCAUAACGUCCUUAGCAUGGUGCCUGGCAUGUAGUGAAGUAGAUAAUCAUCGUAGUCCUCUGUGUUGGUUACCCCACUUACAGGGGGAGACCUGGGCUUAGGAUUGUGAGGUAACUCAGCCAGGGUCUCACAACUGGUCUGUCUGGCUCCACAGCCAGUGCUGGUAACAGGAACCCCACAUGGCCUGCAGAGCUGUGAGGCACAGAGGUGAACGCACCCCUGCUCAGCCUUCCUUAUCCAAGGGCCAUCUUUCUGGCUCCAGGAAUCCAGAUGGAUCAGACGCUCUGGAAGCCUGUGAAAGCCCUGCCCUCUCAUGCUACCCGGCCCCUUGUGGGCAGAGACUGACUCCACGGCCCAGUGGGCAGCAUUCCAGUCAACCCCUUCCUGUCACAGAUGCGAGCGCUGCAGCCCAGAGACCUGGGUCACUUGCCCAGGGUCACACAGCAACUCAGGAGAAUGAUGUGAACAGGAAUCAGGUCUCCUGGCUCUUACGCCACCUUGCAGUUAGGCACAGGGAGGAAACACACAUACGUCUACUUGCAUAAAAGCAGGAGCUGAUAAAUUAUUGCUCACUCAUCUUUGAUAACUUGAGAGAUUUCAGCAACUUCCACCAAAUCAGGGUAUGACUUUCUUAACACCAUGUCAGUACACACCUGCUCCCAACAUGCGUAAGUCUGGCUGGGUGAUAAUCUCCCCAGACUGUCAGAAUGUGAUUCCAAGAAGCAAAAUACAGAAUGGGAUCAGGUGCCAUCUCAGAGGGCAGCCAGUGACUGCCCCCAGGGUUCACAAGUUCCGUGAUGGGGUGUGGGGCAGCAUGUGCCCAUUCCCAUGCAGGGUCUGUCUAGGCCGGGGUGGUGGGCUGAGGGCCAGGACUCCUGUCUCCCUCUGUCACCCUUGUGCUCUGCGGUCCUCGGGAGUUCCGUUUGCCCCUCCAUAAGCAUGAGGGGACCGCAUAAACUGGUAUUUCUAACCCUGGGCUGACCGCCAGAAUCCCCAGGGGACGGGGGCCCGGCCGCCUACUCUGCCGUUCUGGAAUUGCUCAGGCUGUUCUCCAGGUGAGGGAGGAACUGGCACAAUCAGGCUGGAGUCCCGGAGCAGCCGUGGCUCACCCCGCAGUGAGAUACCCUCCUGCUCCUCUCCCCUUUCACCUGCCCCCUCACCCACCGCAUAGCUACGACUGUGCAUGCCUGCACGCACGCACGCACGGCCUCGGAAGGUGGUAGCAGGCCUGCUGCCCAAAGGAGCACCCGUGGAGGAGGCUCUGGCCCUGCCCUUCCCGCCACCUCAGCGUGGCCCUUUCUC